UAGAAGUAUGCUACAAAUAACUAGGAAUCAGUAGGCACAGAGUUAGAAAGUCCAAUAGUAUGUCACCACUAAAGCCAGAUUUCUAACAUGUUGAACCUUAUGGUAUACAAGCUAUGAAGAACACUAGGCAUUCUUGGUGUUCAGUAUUGCCCUUCCAGAGGAAUUUAAAAGAAAGGGUGAUCAGGAUGCUAAAUUUAUUUAAAUAUCUCUGAUCUCAAAAAUCAGGCCUGAUUAAAGAGAAGGUUCUUGCUUCAUCAAAGCUGUACUGGCAUUGCAGUCAACUGGAAAAUAUCCCAUUACUCUUUUCAAACAUGUACUGAGGCCUGAACUAUGGGACUUGGUCGUUCAACUAGGUUUUUCAAUAUUAAAGGAAAAGGUACUUUAUACAUAUUUGAAGAUGCUCUUUCUGUGAAUGUCUUGUCUGGCCAGUUUCUGUCUCACAGGACACGAAAUGUUUUCUUUCAGUUCUACAUCAGUGUGAAGGAUUGGUGGAUGUUUGGGUUUUAUUUCUGCAUGCCCCUAGUCUGUACUGCUUUCUUCUAUGCUCGAAUGACCAGUGAGAUGUUAAACAAGAGGAACAAGAGUUUGAGGAUCGCCUUGAGUGAGCACUUGAAACGGCGCCGAGAGGUAGCCAAAACCGUUUUGUUUUUAGUUGUGCUUUUUGCUUUGUGUUGGUUCCCUCUCCACCUUGGCAAGAUUUUAAAGAAAACUCAUUACAAUGAAAAUCGCUCCAACAAAUGUGAUUUCCUUAACUUCAUACUAGUCUUGGAUUUUAUUGGCAUUCAUCUAGCAAUUCUGAACUCCUGUAUAAAUCCCAUUGCUCUGUACUUUGUGAGCAAGAAAUUUAAAAAUUGCUUCCAGUCCUGUUUGUGCUGCUGUUGCCAGAGCCAGGCUCUCAUGAAUGUGAUGCCCAUGAAUGAUACCUCCAAACAUGUAAGUUUGCAUUGGAAGAAUCACGAACCCAAUAAUCCUGGUGAUCGCAGCAGCCGGAAGGACAGCACAAACUGAAAGGAGAAUUCUCCACUAGACGAUGGGAUAACAUAAGUAGAGCACACAUGCUCCUCCAUGUCUUAAACUGUAUCAAUGAAGCCCUCUGAUGUGAUAGAACUGAAGACAGGAUGGAUUGUGACUAGAACUCAUCAUUUUAGAUUCAUUUUGGGAUUCCAAAGGGAUUUGAUUACCUGUUGCAAAGAGUUGGUCAUGUACCAGCAUUGAAUUUUUUUAAUUGUGAAUAUCAACAGACGAUGUUUGAAAACAGGCUUCAAACACCAGGUCGAGUAUUUGUAUGGGUUAUUAUCUUGAAAGGUCCUAAGGGCCCACUGUAGGCUUUUAUCCACUUUUGACAUUCUGUUUAAUUUAAAAUGACUGGGUAAGUUUUCUGAUAUUUCACAUAUGUCAGUAGGCUCUUAGAUACUAGAAUCCAGGAAGAAAAACCUGUUUCACAAAUGUAUUCAGUAUAUAAAUUCCUAUUUAUCAUCAGGGCGUACAAUGAUAAUUUUGUGUGAACAUAUCAAGUACUUCAGCAAGACAGAUUCUAAAAUUCAAUUUAAGUCAAUUUCAUUAUUGGCUAACAAAAGGUAAUGCAAAAUAAUAAAGACUUGUUUAAAUUCUGUACUCUCUGUAAAAGGAAAGAAUCAUCCAUUCUCAUCACUCCUGCAAAUCUAUGGAUGCCUAUUAUGAUUAGUUUUAGGGGAUAUGUAUCCUUUCCUUUUAUAUAUAAUGAAUGGUGAUUAUUCUGUAUUGUUUAAAUGGACAUAAUUAUUGUCAGUUUCUAGAAAUGUCACAUAGAUGUACAUAACAAUAUAACGUCCUCAGUAGCAGUAUAAUCAAAAGAAAUAAAUCCCACAUCAAAGUUUUGUUUGUAAAUUAUGUAUACUACAGGAUCUAUACCAAUGAGCAUGUCUCAGACGAGUUCUGACUUGUGUACUUGUAAUGAAUCCCCUACCUCCACCACAAUGCAAUAAAAGCAAAAAUGAUUCUU